AUGGCCAAAAAACUCAUCACCAUCCUGGGCAUUACUGGAACACAGGGUGGUUCUGUAGCACGUCGAUUUCUCACCCACACCAACUGGCGCAUACGCGGACUCACGCGCAACCCUGGCUCCCCAAAGGCCAAGGAAUGGGCCAACAAGGGUGUUGAAAUCGUCAAAGGAGAUCACGAUGACUUGGAGUCCCUCAAGGCUGCCUUCCAAGGUGCUCACGCCAUCUUCGCCGUCACAGAUUGGGCCGGAUGCUACUCGCGAGUAGCCGGGGACGAGACCCUUCAGAGCGAGGCAGCCAAGGCCGGCUUGUCUCUCGAGGAAUAUGCCGGUCACCUCGAGACGCUACAGGGCAUCAACCUAGCAACAGCCGCUAGCGACCCCAACGUCCUGUCCACCCUCGAGAGAUAUGUCUUUUCUACCUUGGCGCCCGUCAAGCAAAUCAGCGGCGGCAAGUACAAGAACUCGUACGAGUUUGAUUCAAAGGCCGCGGCUGAGCAGCACAUCCGAGACAAGCUUCCGGAACUGCGUGCCCGCCUUAGCACCGUCAACAUGGGCAUCUUCCAAGAGACGUGGAGGGAGAUUUCCGCAUUCAGGCCGCACAAGAAACCGGAUGGUACUUUUGAAUAUGUCCGUCUUAAAUGCGACGGCCCACACAAGGAAAACCCAGAGGUCGUCGCGUCUCGUGAUAGUGGUGCGUUUGUCGAAGCCCUGGUUCUUCACCACCCGCCCGGCACAGACGUCCUGGGUGCCAGUCAAAUCAUUUCCAAGGAGGAUUACGCAGCUCUCUGGGCUAAGACACAGGGUGUAGAAGCGACGGUGAGAGAUGUUGACGAGGAAGAGUAUGUCAAGUAUCUUCCAGAGGGCUUCGACAAGACUGUCCUCGACGACUUCCGGUUUUUUGCAGAAUACGGGUAUGCGGGCGGAAACCCCAAGGUCAAGACACCGGAGCAGCUGGGUAUCAAGACGACAUCUUUGGAGGAUUACUUCCGAAGCGAAGAUUGGAGUGCCGUGUUGAAAGGGGAGAUAUGA